CCCUUACUUCAUGGUGUAUGCCGUAUGGACUCUACGGAAUGUUAAAGAAAAUGGAACAGAGUACUGAUAUAAAUAAAAGUGCAAAAAGUGUGGAAUCCGAUAUGGACACGAACUUUGCUAAUGAGAUAGCAGAAUUGUGUUAUUCCAAAUACAUGAACCUCCCCAAAACAGGAAAACCUAAGGAAGGAAGAGAGUGGACGCAUGUGGCGGGAAUUGUAGUAGCAGAUGGCUGGCAGAGACGUUCUGACCGUUCAAGUAAUGUACCAAAGUAUGUUGUUGCAUUAGGCACAGGCUCUAAGUGCAUUGGGAAAUCCAAAAUGAGUCCAACAGGAGAUAUUUUAAAUGACAGCCAUGCAGAAGUGAUGGCUCGAAGGGGUUUCCUUCGAUACCUGUAUGACCAGGUACUUAUGACUUACCAGACUGGCUCAUCAGAAAUAUUCAAGUGUUUUUCUGGUGGCAAAUGUGUGGUUAAGAAUAACAUUACAUUCCAUUUUUUCACAAGCCAUGUGCCUUGUGGGGACGCAUCCAUUAUUCCUAAAGUUCCUUUCUCCGAGAAUGACGUGGGUUUGUGUUUGAAAUGUGGCACUGAGCAGUCGGUGCAGUGUCACGCUAGACAUUCCACAUGUCUCUGUGUUUCGGCUCCAACAGAACAUUUAAACUGUAAUUUCAGUCGUGGAAAUGCGGCAAGUGAAAUGGCAGUGCAGACAAUGCAAGGAGAAGAGUGCAAUGUUAGUAGACAAGCAAAUUGCAAUAAAAGGAAAUGUUGCAACAUUGAAUGGUGUGAUGAAGAGAAUGAUUCCAAGUAUAUGAAAGCAAAUUCGAGUGCUGGAAGAGCAAAUAUGUGUAGUGGCAAAGAGAGAUCAGUCAUGAAUAAUAAUGUGCAAAGGCCAGAAGUACCUGUCAGUGGUGACAUCUACAGAACAGGUGCAAAGUGCCUUCCAUUUCAGUCACUCCAAGAUUCACACCUACCAGGAGCCUACUACCAUGUCGUGGGAGCUUUGAGAACCAAGCCUGGUCGUGGAGAGCCAACACAGUCUCUCUCGUGUAGUGAUAAGUUUGCAAGGUGGAAUGUGGUUGGACUACAAGGAGCAUUAUUGUCGCUCCUAUUAAAUGAACCUCUCUACUUUCAGUCAGUGAUUGUGGGUGGUGGAGGUCCAUUUUCAGAGAUGUCCCUUAAAAGAGCCAUCAUUGAUCGGCUGAUUUACCAACCUAAUGGGAGGAAGAAUUCGUCAGAAGACAAGGAAAUGGAUCGAGGUUCCUCACUCAGUGAAGGUCUGUCUUUGCCAUCAAAAUAUGGAGUUCAUUAUCCCUUGAUUCUACAGUCAACUUUGCCCUUUAAACAUGCCCCAAUGCCUAAUGGGGUGAAGCAGCCUUGUGCAUCUAGCAUUGUGUGGUGUAAGGUACCACAAAGAGCUUUAGAAGUGGCUGUGGAGGGGAAAAAACAGGGCAUAACGAAGAAAGUUGCCCACACAUCAGCAGGGCGACUGUUCAUCUGCAAGAAAGAACUUCUCCGGCAGUUUGUGAAUGCGGUGUUAUUGAUGCCUGCUGCUGCUUUGCAUCUGCCCACAGUUCUGAAGAUGAGUGAUCUUACAGAGAUUGAACAGUGCUUGGUUAAGAUACCUUACAGACAGUUGAAGAACUUGUCAGAUGACUAUAAACGAGCAUGGAAUACAGUGAGAGCUGCUUGUUUUCCAUCAUGGACAGCAAAGUGCGAAUCACUUCAGUGCUUCAGCCUUGCUAACUAGAAGAAAUCUCAAGAAUGGAGAAUGUUACUGAAGCGAGCUGUGUUAUAGUAAAAUGAUAUAAAUAAAUUGGUUCUUUCAAUUA